AUGAAAACAGUAGUUUCCAAAACAGGAGUCGAGGUACUAUACCCGUGCUCGAUUCACCUACUAGACAACGGCCAAAUUUUUGAGUGUGAGUACAAGUCAGACCACACUGGACGAGACCUCAUCGACUACAUUUGCGAACACAUCAAUCUCCAAGACAAAGACCUAUGGGGCUUGAAAUUCGUCGACAUUUUCGAACAAAGGCACUGGCUGGAACAGGACACGCUGAUACGAACGCAAGUGAAAAACGUCUGUCCCACCCACUUCCACUUCCGUGUGAAAGUCUACCCCCCAGAGCCCUACAAACUAUUAGACGAGCAAACCAAAUUUCAAAUUUUCAUGCAGCUACGAUUGGACUUGCUCAGCGGAAGACUUGGUUGCGGUCCCAGUGACUCCGCUCUACUCCUAGCUCUCAUACUCCAAUACACGCACGGAGACUAUGACGAGGCCAUCCACUCCGGAAACUAUAUCAAAAUGAAAGUCCUGCUUAACCAAUCGUUCGCCACUGAGAUGAAAGCCAUGGAUCUGCACAGGAAUCAUCUGAAUGGACUCAGUCCUGCACAAACCCAAGACUUGUUCCUCAGAAUGGCCUGCCAGCUUCAGACCUACGGGAUUGAUCCCUACUUGGUGGAGGAUCUGGGGCAUGAGUCUUACAACCUCUGGAUCAAUCACAAGGGGAUGGUCACUUACGUGGAUGGCAGGAAGGUGCAUUCCUUGGAGUGGAUGGCUGUUAACAGGAUAUACCAGGAAGAGAACAAGCUCAAGAUCAACUUGGUGUCUGGCGAUACGGUGACUUUCGUUUGUCUCACAAAAGCGGAAUGUACUUACAUCUUCCAGGGAGCUGUUGCUCACUUGGUGUACUUCACGAGUACCGGUACUCAGUCCACUAUCGGUUUGAUAGGAAACGAGAGUUUGGAGGAGCUAGAGGCAGAUAUCAAGUCUUUUGAGGUCGUGGAGCGAAUCGAGUAUGAAGAGAUGAGGGAGGUGGAUGAGAAGAUACGGCUCCAAAGAGAUAUGAAAAAAACUGUGUGCUCAAAGAUAUAUUGUGUUGGCGGAAUAACACUUCAAGAAGCUUUGGAAAUCGCUUUCUAUGAUGAAAAUGUUACUGAUAUAUAUAUUGAGCCGCCUGAAAGUAAUGUUCUUAGGGAUGAAUCUUCAUCUGCUGACGAAGAUGAGGGUCGACUGGCUGAUAAUUUGAAUGCCAGGAAAUUUUCAGCACCUGCCGAGAACAUUUUUAUGAAUGGAGAGAGAUUAAAUGGGAUUCGAUAA